AGACUUCCGCGAACACUUGUGAAAUAGAUCAAUGAGAUAAAUGAACAAUUCUUCCUUAUUAGUUGUUAAUUUUCCUUAAAUCUAAAAGGCACAAUCUAGAUUCAAGCCAAUGUUUUAAGUAGUUGAACAUAUUAUUACUCCAACUUCGUGAAAAAUGACAAAUUGACACGUUUUCAUUUUCGGCAGAAACAACUUUAUAUCAGAAAAGUGUGGACUUUGAUUUUUUGACUGGCUGCACAUGCGCAGUUUGUCGUGUCGUCGCCAUAACAGCACCAACAAAUGGAAUUGGUUGAUUUCUAUUGGACAAGCAGCUUAGUCUUUGUCUGGAUCAUCCAAUCACAAGCGAGAAAACAAAAUUAACCCGGAAAUAGUUAACCCAAAGAGUUUACCGCGAAAUUGAGCAGACAGACGGGGAGAAGACAAAAACGAAGAAACACGGAACCGACUGAAAAAGUAGUAUUGCAUAUAGAUAUUAUUAUCAUAUUUAUACACCUCGGCUGUCCGGUACAUACCGGUCAACUUUGACUGACUACUAAUGGACGAGUAUGACGAGAUGUUCGGGAUAGAGGACGAGUAUGAACAACAGUUCGCUGAUGAGCUGGAGGUCCUGGCUGAGAUGGACUUUAAUCCAGCUCCUUCCACUAAACGGUCAGAGUUCCGGAAGCAGAAGCCUCAGUCGUUCCAGGAAGCCAUCACCGCUGGUGACCAGCCACUCAGGAGCCAAUCACAGGCAUCGUCAGAACGGAGCCUCGGCCAAUUGGAAGGCCCGUCUGUGGCGUGUGACGGAGAGGACAUAGAACACCUGCUGGCGGACGAGCCAAUCACUCCCAAGGCUAAGCGUCUGAGGCAGGAUGUGGCUAAGAAGCUGUUUGAGGUGUCUCAGGUUGAUGACAUCACCCCCCCGUCGUCUCCAGAGGAGUUCCAUCGAACCCCGAGCAGCAGACCCCAGCUAAUCCCGGUGAUCUUGGACAUCAGUGGCUUCGCAGCCAUCCAGGAGUCUCCUCGGAGAGUCACCGCGGCAACGUCGUGUCACGUUCUGAAGCGCCCCCCGGCCGAGGGGGGAUACGUUAGCGUGACGGACCAGACAGGAAACCGCGUCUACCUCCGACAGACAGACGACCUGAGGGGAAAGGCUGUGGACCCCAGUGCUUUUCGUAGCUCCCAUAAUGCAUUGGGUUUGCUGGCUGUUCCCAUCGAGGUACUGAGAGAACAGGUGGCAGAGAAGCGUCAUCGCCAAGUGGUGGAGGAAUCUCAGCGCCUGACAGAGCGACUCAACAGUCAAGUGGAUGAAGAGUUUGGAGAGCUGGACGGUAGACAGAGAGAAGAGGGGGAUCGAGAGGAGGAGGAGGAGGAAUCUUCUCGUCUCUGGGUGGAUCAGUUUUCUCCUCAACACUACACUGAACUACUCAGCGACGACUUCACCAACCGCUGUUUGCUGAAGUGGCUGAAGCUGUGGGACCAGGUGGUGUUUGGACGAGAGAGGAAGACACGCCCACCCCCAGGCCGGGGUCGCUUUAAUUCCACCAACCGGAGCCAGGGGAACUUUAAUCAAGCCAAUCAGAAAUUUAAGACCAAGAGUCAGAUCACUGAGGAGCUUCUGGAGGCCGAACUGGACCAGUACAAAAGGCCCAGAUACAAGGUGGUGCUGCUGUCUGGUCCUCCGGGUUUAGGGAAGACCACUCUGGCCCACAUCAUCGCUAAGCAUGCUGGGUACAACGUGGUGGAGAUUAACGCCAGUGAUGACCGCAGUGCGGAGCUGUUCCAGAAGCGUAUCGACACAGCGACCCAGAUGAGGUCAGUGCUGGGAGCCAAUGAGAAGCCUAACUGCCUCAUCAUCGACGAGAUCGACGGAGCGCCCGCCGCUGCCAUCAGCAUCCUAUUGGCCACUCUGAACAGGAAGGACAGCCAGGGGGCGGAGUCAGAGGCGGAGCCUCUAAAGAAGAAGAAGAAAAAAGAGUCGGUCCUCCUCCGACCAAUCAUCUGCAUCUGUAACGACCUGUAUGUUCCAGCCCUGAGGCCUCUGAGGCAGCAGGCGUUUCUAUUGGCCUUCCCCCAGACACAGCCUUCCCGCCUGGCACAGAGACUGGCUGAGAUCUCCAGGGGCCAGGGUAUGAAGGCUGACAUGGGGACUCUGAUGGCUCUCUGUGAGAAGACGGACAAUGACAUCAGAUCCUGCAUAAACACACUGCAGGUACACACACACACACACACACACACACACACACACACACACACACACACACACACACACACACACACACACACACACACACACACACACACACACACACACACACACACACUGUGUUUCCAGAUUAUAAGAGCUACCAUGUAUUACAACAAUAUCAAGGGUCCAAACACUGAUCCCUGAGGAACACCUGUCUGUACACAUUAUCUCACAGUUGACAACUGGGAUGGAAAAUGACUGAGAAUGAGAGGAGUGGCAAUAUCGUCCUCUAUCUGCCAUAUCUUCAAUAUUAGUCUACUAGAAAGUCUGUUCCCUCAGGCCUGGAGGGAAGCUAAAGUCAUUCUACUACUUAAGAAUAGUAAAGCCCUCUACUGGCUCAUAGCCGACCA